AUCUCCGGCCAUAUCCAGUCUGUUUGUGUUUGUUUGUUGGUUUGUUUUGGUUGGAGGGAGGCACAGCAUGAGUACUUUUAUUGGAGGUUGGGGGUGUUGUUUGUUGAAUUGUAUUAGUAAAUACUUAAAUCUUUAAAUAAUAAAAAGAAAAAAGGGUAAAGCUCUUCUGAACACUCCUAUUGGAAGUUUUGUUCUUUGUUACUGGAAAGCAAGAUAAAAUGGGGAUGACAGAGAGAAAUUCUGAAAACGGAGUUUUUGAGCUUCUUUCAGAGCUGAGCAGCAGUUUUGCUUCAAAACAUAGCCAUCAAAACGGUAUAUCACUUAAGCGGUCAGCUAACAAAAUGAGAACUUAUGCGUAUGAAAUUAUUUUGAAGAAAACGACAACAAAAAUUCCUUCUUCUGAAAGAGAUCCAAUGGUUGAUUUGUUGUCUUAUUAUCUAGUCGCUCAACAAAGUGCUAAAAAUGUGGCCGAAUACAGGAGAUGUGUACAGUUGAAGAAGGUCAUUAGUACAAUUCGGCAAAAAGACUUUGGUGAAAUUAAGGAUAAUGUUAACAGUGUACUAAAGUUUUUAGUUAGUUUGAGCAAUACUGUUAAAGAUGAUUUGUCAUCAGAAAUGUACCAGAAACCUUUUUCAUUUGGCCUUUUUGAUGAGAUGUUACCGAAGCCUCCACAAGAAGCGUUUGGUUCGCCCCAACCUUAUUCAUAUUUCCCACCACAUGUGUUCGAUCUACCGUUUUCGCUAAAGAGGCAAGAAGGCAAGCUUGAUCACCAUAAAUCUCAAACUUACACAGAAUAUACUGUUGAGAGUUUUGAUUCUCAGUCAUACUUGGGUGAUACCGGGUCUCAGUUGCGUGGGACUUCAGAUGUAAAGACAUUUCUUAGUCCUAUGUCACUGGCUUCCAUGACAUCAACGCAUCUGUCGCCCUACUCGGAGAGUGUCAUGUUUCGGUAUCCGAGAUUAACUGCUCCUCGAGAUUUGCAAAUACCUUCAUCAAUCAAUGAACCUAAUAUUAAGAUAUCAUUUAACAAUACAAGUGUCAAGUCUGAAGUAAAUGAGGUGUUCAGAGCUAAUACGGAUGAGGAUUCUUUAGACAUUUGGGAGUUAGCAACGCAACUGGACAAAGAGCUGCCUGAUAAUAUCUGGGAACUUGUUUCAAAGAUGCCGCCUUCGACCGAGAGGCAGCUCAUAGCGAGUUCGUCUCGUGAGCUCGGCCUGUGGCAUCGAUUGUACGCAGGCAGAAUGACUUCCCUCCACGUCAUAUCAGAGAAGACUUUCAUCAGGCACCUUAUGUAUCUCCUUAUCGGCAUUGAAACCAGUUCGUUUCCGUUCAGCGAGGAGUCGAACCGAUUCUACAUGAAGCAAGAUCUCAUUCUAGAAGGCAUAUCUCUGGAGAGAUUAAGAAACUACGUGACAGACUUAUUGCUCAUCGGCACUUACUAUAGGAGUUUGUACCGAUUCGCUUUUAACCAGUCUUUGGAAGACCACUUCCAUACUAAAGGUUUAGUGUAUGAGGCAGCCAGAGAAGUAGUCAGACAAUAUUUGUUAGAAUUUCGCCUGUUGGCCACUGAGAUAUACGAGGAAUGUACCAAGAGUGGAUCUGAGGACCUAAACUGUAUGCCUACACUUCUUCAAAUACUGCAUCACAUGGAACCGCUCAAAUACGAGAUCGAAACUGUUGUUUCUAUCUAUAGGACUAAUGAACCAGAAGUAAAGUCGUCGUUGCCGUACGGCGCCGAGUUGAUGUCGUAUUUGUUCAACGAAAUAUCUCUGGUAACCCACACGAACACCUCCCGCACUAUGUUUACGUCACUGUUCUCCAUUUGCAAGGUGUAUUUCAAGUUUAUAGAAAAGUUCAUAUUCGAAGGCGAGUUAGACGAUACCUACAACGAGUUCUUCAUCCGCAAAGACUCACAAUUUGUGAACUGCCGAUCCAAACGGUACUGGGACAAAGGGUUUCAUAUAACGCAGAGCUUGGCUGUGCCAGAGUUUCUAAGGCCCCUGGCUAAAUAUAUACUGCUGUGUGGGAAGUCGCUGAGGCUGUUGAAGAUGUGCAAUCCUAACGACCCGCUAGUGGUGCUGAUAUCAUCAGACCACCCGUCCAUAGAGUGUUGGCCCACAUUUGAGGAAUGCUCGCGAUAUCAAAGCGUCCUCGACGUAUAUCGCACUCGCUGUUUAUUCGUUGGCGGAGAGAGGGCUUCUUUCCACCAACUGUUGCUGAACAAGGAGGCAGAAAGGAAGGCCUUCGCUGAAAUGGCCUCUGUCAAACAGGCAGAGACUAUGGAGAAGAUCGUCGCGGAACGUAAAAGACUGGCCCAGUUGAUAAUCGCGGAGAAGCAGCACUCGUUGCGCGUACUAGAGGCCGCUAUGGCUGAAGCGAAAGCGGCCAAGCUUAAGACGAGGCAGCGGGAGAGACGUCGCUCACAGCUGGAGAGGGAAGCGGAGCGAGCGAGCGAUCAGGUCGAUUCCAAACUGAGGGACGACGAAAGAAACAAAAUAAUGGAGUAUUAUUCAAAACUCAACAUGGAGGUCGAGAAGAGCAAAAUUCAUACCGAGUGGAAAAUCAAACGAUUACAACUGGACCAAAGCAGGAUACAGCUGCUUUCUACGGAAGAAAGGAAUUUAAAGAGAGAAAAACUAGAAUUGGAGCAUCAAAAGAAUGGGGAGAUGGCAAUGUCGAUAACUCAGGAUUAUAAUACUGAUAUUGAGUCUAAAGAAGAAGGUGAUAAUUUUGAAAAUGCUACUGUUGAUGAGACGGCAAAAACAGAAAAGAGUACUCAAGACCCUGUAACUAAGUCUCAAACCUCCAGCGCUGUUCUAAGUGUUAUAUGCAACGCGGCCAAAAGUAUAUUUAGCGUUAGAAAAACUGCCGACGACAAGAAUUGUGAUAACAAACAGAAUUUAGAUGCUCAAGGCAAUAUCGUUUGCGGUGAUACAGAAGUCAAUUCCAAUGAUAACGCAACAGUCACAUCUAGUGGAGUGAUCGGCAAUGACCUAAACGAAGACUACGACAAUAUUCAGUUUCUGAAGAUGAGACAUGAAGCUUUGUUGAACAAGCAAAAAGUUAUGUCCCACGAAUUCGAAAAAACAGAUAAAGAGAACAAUCAAAUGAAAUAUCCCCUCAUUAAAACGACAAAUGUUGACAAAGAAAAUAAUAUGCAAGAGUGGUCACAAUACGAAGAAGCACGGCGGAAUAAGCUUAAAGUUUUAGGUGAUGAGUUCGGCUUAAAACCUGAAGUAAGACAUGUUUCGGAACCAAAGACUGAUGCUCAGAAGGAAGCGUUGAUCAACAAACAAAAAGUGCUGGGAGUUGAAUAUAAUCUUCCACUAGAAUUAACUAGGAAAGAACCAGCUAAUAUAGCACAGGAAGAAGCGUUGAUCAACAAACAAAAAGUGCUGGGAGUUGAAUACAAUCUUCCACUAGAAAUAACUAGGAAAGAACCAGCUAAUAUAGCACAAGAAGAAGCGUUGAUCAACAAACAAAAAGUACUGGGAGUCGAAUACAAUCUUCCACUAGAAAUAACUAGGAAAGAACCUGCUAAUAUAGCACAAGAAGAAGCAUUGAGGAAUAAAAUUAAAGUACUGGGUUCUGAUUAUGACACGAGGAUGCCUGAAGUCACUCCAAGAAGUGAGAUAGCCAAAAGGUCUGGUCUGACAUUAAAUUUGAAACCGUAUGGAGAACCUAUGGGAUCUAAUUUAGGGCUCAGUCCCAAUACUGGAGCGGUCACGCCUGGAGAACUUUUCCCACGGCUCGACUUAGAAACUCCGACUACGGCCGAUGUGCCAUUAGAAGGCGCCAUGACUGGUGAUGCAUUCACGCCUCGCAGCGAGUUCAUCAAAGACAUAGAAUCGACGGACAAAGAUGAAAAGCAAUUCCGAACCAGCGACGGUUUCAAUUUCCCCGUCGUAGAGGACGAAGACGCAGUAGAAACUGUUAGCGAAGUGAACACAGAAAGUCCAGGGAAUUCCCCGUCUAAAAGCAUAGAUUCUGAAGUUAUCGCUUCCUCGAAACACUAUUCGAUUUUCAAUUUGCUAGACGGCACUUAUAGUCUUGAAGAAUUCGAUCCGUUCAGCGUGAAAGACUUCAAGAAGUAUUCCAAAGAUUUCUUCAGCUGUCGAAUGGAUUCCGAGUCAUCUUGCUACACCCAUCCCGCUAUCACAAUGGAGGAAGUUAAAAAGCCCCCAUACACGAAUAUCUUCGCGACACAUUUCAAAACUGACGAUGACAAAGAUAGAAAGAUCGACAGCAAUAAUAUAGCGACUUUGAGCGCUUGUUUGCAACGUUCAGUCAUGUUACCUCUCACUUAUCAGUUGGAAGUGGUCAACAACUCCAUAUUGACUUACUUUUUGGUGAAUCUCGAUAUGUACGAACAUUUGAGGAGUUUGAAGGAUUAUUUCUUCUUGAUGGACGGGGAAUUCUCGAGGAGCAUUUGCCACAAUCUGUUCACGAAGUUGGAGAAGACGGUCAAUCCACAGGAGUUGUUGAAUUUCGCCACUCUGCACAAUAUUUUGGAUAAGGCUUUAGGGUCAUCGAUAUCGCACGUACACAAGUUCUCUGAGAACCUGUCGUUUAGCUUAACGGAUGUACCGUUGAGCUUGCAGCACAGCUCGCCCGACGUCCUUCAAUGCCUAGCGCUUUCAUACCAAGUGCGAUGGCCCCUCAACAUUAUUCUAUCACAAGAGGCCUCACUCAGGUAUGCAAGGGUGUUCCAGUUCCUUCUUAAGAUGAGGAGAAUAUUUUGGGCGCUCAGUGAAGAUUUUGAGGCUUUAAAGUUGGCAGUUAAACUAUCGAAACAGCAUUCCAGACGUUUAAUAAGAUCGCCCCAAUAUAUAACUGUGCAAAUAUACAGACACAUAAUGGCAUCGAUGAUCCGAGCUCUAGACAACUACAUAGUGACCACUUGCAUUCUCACAUCUUGGACUGAGUUCGAAAGCGAUUUGAAGAAAGCCAGAACUUUGGACGACCUUUACGAUUGCCACGUGGUCUAUAUAAAGAAAGUGCUGUUUAGAUGUCUCUUGAAUAACAGGUCUACGCCAGUGAUGAAGCUCUUGAAUGAUAUGUUUACGGUCAUAUUGAAGUUUAGCCGAGUAUUAAAAGCGGGCGAAUGGCAUCAGCUAGAACCGAAUGGGCCAUUCACUCACUCCAGUUUCAGUCAGCUCGACGAAUUAUACCAUUUAUUUGAGAAACUGGCCAAAUACUUGCACAAAGUGGUGACCAAGCUCAUGGAAUGCGGCUACCAGCGCCAUCUAGUGGAAUUACUGGCCAUGGUUAACCUUAACGGGUACUAUGAGCCUGGAAAUGUCAGAGAUGAACAUAAUAUUAGUGCUGUAUCUACUAAUUAAACAUAAGGGAUAAACAUAUUGUCAAUGUUAUUGACAAUAUUGAUUUCGAAAUUGAACCGUCUUUGUAGUGUCGUGUUUAUAUCAAUGAGCAACAUCUAUUUAAUAUUCUACAUACAUCAAUGUGUUAGGAAUUUCAGUAAAAAUACUAAAUUAAAAAAAAACAAGUUGUCCCGAAAAAGUUCUCUGGACAAUAUGGCGUGUCACUAGUAUGUGACGUCACACGACUGUCAUUAAAAUGUAAUGGAUGACGUCACACGCUAGUAAACCUCCGAUUAAAGUGAUUUUACCGCAGUUUUACUAGCGCGUGACGUCAUUUUAGUAUUCACUAAUCCCAAGCGUUAUCGGUCACGUGCACAAAAAAGGCAAUUCUUUAAUAUUUAAAAAAAAAAGUUACUAAUUAUUUGUUAGUAAUCGAAAAAUCGCUGCUUAUAUUCAUUGGCAUCUGUAUUUAGCCAUUUUUCAUACUUUCAAACAGCAUCUUUAUAGUGUUGCGUUUAUUACAAUUAACAACGUCUCGAGAAGUUAGCUAUCUACUACCAGCGCCAUCUGGAGGAAUUACUGGCCAUGUUCAACCUUAACGGGUAUUAUGAGCCUGGAAAUAUCAGAGAUGAGCAUAAUAUCAAUGCUGUAUAUUUUAUUUCAACUACGAAUAAUAUAUUUCAACUCAAUAAUACUGGGUAAUACAAACCCGGGAACAUUAGAAAUGAACUUAAGUUUUUUGGCGAUGGUUUCAGUCAUAGAAUUUGUUAUGUUUUGCAAAUAUUAAUAAUUUUAGAAGUGAUACCAGGGUGUUGCGUGUUAGGUUGCCAUUUCAAAAGAAAUAAGAGCGGCCAUAUGUUUAUAAAUCCCAUUCUUUUUCCGCACAGACUACAAUGGUAUGGAUCAAAAUGUUUCUAGUUAAAGCUGUUUAUGGGGCAAACUUAGGCAAUGUCUUUUUAAUAAAUUGAAGAUGUGAUAUUAUUAUCCCCACCAAUUAUAUAAAAUAAGCUAUUUUUAAGUGUUCGUGUUACUAUGUAAUACUACAUUUAUGUACAGUUAAAAUAGAAAGUGGUUCAGUUUUUAAAGGUGGAAUUUGUUUGCAUUUGAUUGUGAUAUACAGUUUUCGAUAAUUGUGAUAUGAUUAUAGAAAAUCAUUCUAUGUUUUGUCUAAGAAUGAUUACAGAAUCAUACUUCCGGACACAUCAAGUGGUGUUACCAAUAUGUUUCAACGGUCUGUAGCAAAAAUAUAUGUUUAUGGUUGAACAAUAAUUUAAAAAAGGAACAAACAUACAUAUAUAGACUGUUAAACACAUAACCCUGUCUGCGCGUCGCGCUUCGCGCUCUUGCAUUGCGCAGCCGGGUAAAAACACGAAAAUAUUGUUAAUAAAUCAGCCACAAAACUGCGUAGGUUAUAACUUUUUGUUCAAUGUAACAUUUAAGUUUAGUUAGGGACCGCCAAACUUUAAUUGCUUUAAGGGCCGAUAGAUGUGACCGGAAGUAUAGUUAUGGAGUCGAGAGUAAAAUUAACAUUAGUAUUUAUAUUUUUAUUUUAUUACAACUAUAAUUGCUAUUUCUUCUUUCAAAUGUUUAAUACUUGAAAAGGUAUUUAAUUAACAUUGUGGGUUACCUACAAUGCGAAGAGAUGGCGCUGCUUUACAGCUUAAGAAAGGUUAGAAAGAAUUCGACACGGCCGUCAGGGCCGCGGUAGCAUAAUUGGUCAAUGCACUCGCCGGGAUAGCGAAUGGUGCGGGUUCGAGUCCCGUCUGCUGCCUAGUCCGCGUGGAUUUUUUCCUAGCAAUAUUUUCUUUAGUAUUAAAAAAGGUAAACUUAAGGUGCACUAAAAUUACGAAAUGAAGUAAGAACUAGGUACAUAUAUAAUAAAUAUGAACCUACAUUAACAUGGUCAAUGCAUGAAAACCACUUGUACUAUUAAAUAAUAAUAAUACUCAUUUUUGUUAUAUUAUCAAGUUGUAACUUUAUGUAUGAAAUCUCUGUUGGGUCUUAUUAAAACCAGUUAAUAAAUACACUUUUUAAGGAA